AUGGUCUCUGACCUGACGCGACUACAUGUAACGCCCUUGGAUCCCGAUCUUCUUCAGGUCGUCGUUGGACCGCAUCUACUCAAGUUAGUAGCCAAUUUGUCUUACCACACGAUCCAAACGUCUCCCGAGAACAACUACGGCUACUUCGACCUCCCUGCCAUGGAAGCGGAUAAACUUAAAAAGAAGCUCAAUGGAGCAAUCUUGAAAGGCAGGAAGAUUAAAGUUGAAGAAGCCCGGCCGAAAAAGCGCAGGCGGAUCGAGGAUCUGGGCACAGAGGACGCCCCCGUCGCAGAAGCUAAGCGACGGAAGAAGUCUAAAGAUCGCAAUGUUAUCCAAGGACACGAGAUCCCCGCGGACCGGAGAGUGAAGCGUGGCUGGACAGAACCAAGGUCUACCAAGUCAAGCAAAAAGACCAAGGGCAAGGCUGUCUCGAGCAGCUCAAAAUAUACAGAUAAAACUGAGGCCCUCUUUCGGACGAAGGUACCCCCCAACAAACUUGACGGUGUAGAUGCAGUGAAGGAGAAGGGCAAGUCGAAGAAGAAAAGCACCCAGUAUGUUGUGCACGAGUUCGAGAAGUCGACAAUGCAACCAUCCUUCCUCAAACAAGAUAUCGGACCAGGAGUCAAAGGAAAUCUACGGUACGUUGAGGGUGAAGGUUGGGUCGACGAAGAAGGACACGUGGUUGAGAAGGAAAACGAGCGCGUUUCACAGCGCUGUGAGAGAAUCAAGCUGAGAGCACAGUUGGAUCGCACAACUGCAAAGCGGCCACGUCCACUUUCUGAACACUCUACCUCCUCCUCGGCUGAAGACACUGGCGAAGCUGAGGUGGAAUCCAACUCUCGAAAGGUCAAGAAAAUUGAUGAAACAAGCAGUUCGAAUUCUCCUUCCGACUCGGAAUCCGAGGAAGAAACAACUAUGAGCGCGUCACCGCAUGGCCACUCAGCGGCAAAUUUACAACCGGAGCUGCAUCCACUGGAGGCUCUCUUUAAGAAGCCGAAAACAGCGGCUUCACAAGAUAUUGCAAAGCCGUCCUUGGAGAUAUCGACGUCGUUCUCCUUUUUCGACUCCGGAAAUCCUGAAGACCUCGCAGAAGAGCCUAGCAUCCCAUUGACACCUUUUAGCUCUCAGGACAUCCGUUACCGUGGGUUACGGAGCGCUGCUCCCACGCCUGACACGGCUCACCCAAGCCGGUUCAGCAGCUAUGGCAGCUCUGGGCUACCAGGAGAUGAGGAACCGGAGGGAGCUGAUGAAGAGGGAUCAGGCGAAGCUGGGCUGGGCGGUAAUUCCGUGUCGCAGGAAAAGGCUGAUGAGCGGACAUCCCGGCCCCAGAGUGACUUCGAGAAGCAAUUCUGGGAGAAUCGGGCAGAAAACAAUCGGUCUUGGAAGCUGCGACGCAGGACUGUGCUCAAAGAAAAGAGGCAGCGGGAAAAUAAGGCACGCAGACCCAAAAAUUGGUGA